GCGAACGUUUAUCACGCCUAUCACAUUUUGCGUGCAAGCAAAAUUCCAGCGGAGAAUAUAACUACCAUCGCCUACGACGAUAUCGCCAACAAUCUCAAGAAUCCGUUCAAAGGCAAAGUGUUCCAUGACUACGAGCACAAAGAUGUUUACAAGGGUGUGGUAAUUGACUAUCGUGGAAAAGACGUCAAACCGUAUAUCUUCACGAAUGUACUGAAAGACGAUAAGAAACUUGAAAAAAGGGGAGAAAGUUAUGGAAAUGCGAACGUUUAUCACGCCUAUCACAUUUUGCGUGCAAGCAAAAUUCCAGCGGAGAAUAUAACUACCAUCGCCUACGACGAUAUCGCCAACAAUCUCAAGAAUCCGUUCAAAGGCAAAGUGUUCCAUGACUACGAGGACAAAGAUGUUUACAAGUGUGUGGUAAUUGACUAUCGUGGAAAA